AUGCCUCGCACACGCAGGUCUAAUCGCCAAUCAGGCCCAAGAACCAAGUAUACGGAUGACCCGUUCGAGAUGGCCGGGGUCAGCGAUGAAUCAGCCCCGGAGGAGACCCGUCCACCCCAAAGUAAGGGAAAAGCUGCGGUUUCGCAGGCUCAGGGUUCUUCUUCUGACGAGGAAUUCAAGAUGGCUGACGAAGCCAACGAGGACAACCCGGACGAUAGCUCUGAUGACGAGGAUGAUGACGGGGACAUGGUUCCUGAGAAUGAUGGCGACGAAGACGAGCCAAUGUCAGAGGACAGUGAACCUGCUCGUUCCCGUCGUCAUCUGAAGACUCCUGCUGCACGUCCGAAGUCCGCCAGAAAGCGACAUACAGAUGGCCCUUUCGUGUCGGCGGACGAUGAGACGCAUUCCCGGGGUUCCUGGAAUCCCGCAGAACAUUUGGGAAAGGCGGACCAUUUUCGGGUGACCUUCGGUACGGAUGAUAGGGAUCUUUUGUCUAUUUUGCAUGCGAGAGAUAUCUGGUCGGGGGGUCUUGAUUCGACCUUUCCCACUCGUUCAUCGUUGGACGAGGCGCAGAAGGCGUCAGGGUAUAGGUAUGGAUUAACGUUUGGUGCUGAGCCCGAGGACCUGGAGAGGGAGAGGACCCGCGGAUGGGAUUGGUACUAUGCCGAGGAUGUGGGAGGGAGAAUACGAAAACGCCAGCGGAUCGAGAAAAUCUCAGAGCGUCAGGUUCGUCAAGCCUACCUGCCGCGCCCGAGGGAGCAGAAGCAUAAAGUAUUCAUCGGUCCGGUGGAUGAUCAGAAGUUGUUCACGUUGGCGCAGCAUGAGUCUGUCGACUUCGGCGAGGCUUGGCCGGAAACGAAAGAUUCUACGCGCACAAAGAAAACGAAAAGGCAAGGUUGGAUCCUAAACAUGGGACAAAGGGUCAAAUGCAUGGCUUGGGCUCCUAACCAACCCGGUCUGACACAGUAUUUGGCCAUGGUGGCUCCUCUUCUAGAAGAACAGAAGGUAAAUUACGCCAGACCCUUGGAUGCGGGCGCGCCUGCAUUCAGUCCGUCUGCGCCGUAUCCAUGUGCCUUGCAGCUCUGGGCGUUCAAGGCCGCGAAAGAUGACUCGUUCACUAAGAAAUUAGAUAUGAGCUCCAAGCCUCGAUUACGCUUAACUCUAUGUACUAAUUGGGGAGAUCUUAAACGGAUCGCUUGGUGCCCCAUGGCUCGAGAUUCGCGGGAUGAAGACGACGAAGAUGCCUUGAAAAACAUUGGCCUCUUGGCAGGAAUAUGGGGAGAUGGUUGUGUGCGAGUCAUCGACGUCAAGUUGAGUCGGGACCCCAGAAAGACGGAAUUCUGUACGACGGUCACCAGGGUCGCGUCGCCGGUCUUCGAAGCCAAGCCGCCUUCGACGGUGUGCACAUGCGUUGCAUGGCUCUCUCCCAGUGACAUCGCCGUUGGCUGUGCCAAUGGCUUCGUGGCCGUCUGGAGUAUCGCAUCUUCAAGCACCUCACCUCAACCGCUGCCGUACUUCUACGAACCCCUCCAUUCGACGUACAUUCUCAACCUGACAUCCGCUUAUCCCACGUACCCCCAUUUGCUAUCUACGACGUCGAUGGAUGGCGAUACCCGGCUAACAUCGCUCAUCGACCGUCACAAAAACACCGUCGGGACGAUGCGCAUGCGGUUCGGAUCGGCCCACUUAUCAUACUCGCCCAUCCUGCAGGCUUUCCUCUCCGGUGACGAAAACGACUUCGCCAGGAUGCUGGCGGUGCGUCGCUUUUACACCACGACCGCCAUUGCCCGGCUUCCGAGCACGAUUUCCGCGCUGGCGCCGUGUAGUUUCUGGCAUCCGAGUCUUUUAUAUGGAGCUACCAGCGGCGCCGUGGUGGCGAUCAACCCGAUGCGACGAGUUUUGCACCCCAAAGAAAAGCAAUGGCAGCAGACCUGGUUUACGCACGAAUGGGUGCGAGGGACGGAAACCAAUAGUCCGGGAGCCAGUCGAUUCCACGACGGAUACCGCGCUGAGAGCAUCAGCUUGCUGCGGAACCUGAUGGGGGACCCUAAGCUCGUCAACGGCACCAUGAUCAUCACGAUCUUCGAGGAAGGAACGCACGUCACUGCGUUGUCCUGGAAUCCCAACCAAGCAUGCGCUGGAUGGGCCAGCGCUGGACUAGGCUGCGGGCUGAUUCGAAUCGAGGAUUUGGCUAUAUAG